AUGAAGCGGUUUGCGCAGCCGGUGAGUCUGCCGUCGACGUUUGUGAACACGAGGGUGAUGCGGGACCACUUCAAGAGACAGAUGUUUGAGCAGCACGAGGUGACGUCGAGGGCGUUGAAGUUCAUUGCGAGAAACGCUGCGCUCCCGCAGAAGGUGCGGUUGGAGGCGCAGAUCCAGUUGAACGCGCUGCCUAACUACACGCGGGCGAACCAGCUGCGGGGCCGGUGUGUCGACUCGGGCAGAAGCAGAGGUGUCAUCCGGGACUUCAGGCUCUGCAGAUACCAGUUCAGAACGCAGGCGCUGCAGGGGCUGUUGCCCGGCGUGAGAAAGGGUGUGUGGUGA